UUUGCAUCCAUCCCCUUCAGCUUCAAGCACAUCUUUGGCGAAUACACAUCCACCGACUGUUCCUUUUAUCGGACAACAAUCAAACCUGAGAACCAAUGUCGAGUACGCGCCAUCUGUAAAGUCUGGACGUUCCGGAACCGUUGUGCCUCAGCGGGCUGGCUUGUAUCCUGCAGAGAGCACUCGCGCUACCGGCGAUCGUACUGAUCUCCUAUGGUCCGAAAUGCAAGCAACCUUGGAAGAAGUCGAACUGUCAGCCUCUGGAGGGACUCACGUUUUUGGCCCAGAUCAUGACAGAAAACUGGCUGACCUGCGAGCCGCUCAAAUCGCCCUCGCUCAAGCCUGGGCAAGAAGUGAAGCAGACGAUGUUAUAGAAACAGCACAGCUCGAUCAUGUGGGUUCUGCUACCGGAUCCGAAGUUCGAAACUUGAAGGGUGCAUUGGGAGACACGUCAAAGUCUGGCUUUGAAGGCACCGAGAGGAGUGCAGUUGGAAGCAGCAGCAUUUCGCGCCCCAACAGCAGCGGCACCGGAGUAGAGAGACUGGGUCAUAAGCUCGAAGAAGAGACAGAAGUGGACAUUCUUCUGGCAAGGAAACGACGGGAAGCCAACGAUCGGUAUUUCCAACGAGUCAACCAGGGCGUCAUCGACGUUGUAACACGGCUAGAAGAUGUUGCUGUCGCCAUGAGAGCUGUUGAACAGGAGAGCAAGGAAGUCUGGAGCGAGAACGACAGUAUUCCCGGAGGCGCAAGAGCAUGAUCACGUUGUACAUGUGAUUUCAUCGGCAUUUCGAGUUCGGCGUUGCAAGGAGUUAGGCGAGAUUUAUCGAGCAUUCGCGGCGUUUCACGAUCAGGGAGAAAUUACCCGGCUAUAGACUGAAUAGGUCCUGAAUAAACAUGAUCAUCCAGCUUCGUUGUGAUUAACACUUGAUACUGCAUUGACGCUAUCACUGUACUUCUAGACUCUGAUUGGUAGAUAUAGAACCGACAUGGCUUUGCGCUUGGGACAUAAUGGUGCGGAGACAGGCAAAGGCUGAGGCCUAGAGACAAACUGCAGACCAACUCAAUGACGACACAUGAAUAUGAGCUCUGUCACUGAGUUGCGCUAUCGACUCGCUAUGAUAGUUGUCCAAUGGAAGGGAUAUGCUGCUGCAACGUC